AAAUGGUUCCAUUAUGAAGCCCUUUAGCUAAGGAAUAUUUAAUAGCACCCUUAAAAAGCAUUGCCAGCAUUUAAAUAAAAAUUGAAUGAAAUGAGUGAAUGUUUUACGUUUUGUUCACACAAAUUUCAUCAAAGUCAUUUUGUUCCUGUAAAAUUAAUGAGAAUAAAACGCAAACGUCAAGUGCUGUCUGUCAUGUCAAAUGAUUUGAUUGAUCGCAUCGCUUGCAUUAAGUUCGUGGUGAUUUCUUUCGCUGGAUAUUUUGAUUUAAUAUUUUAAUAAUUUAAACAAAAUGUCGCAAAAACAAGUUAGAAAACGUGGAGCAAAUUACACUCAAGAGGAAAAAACAUUGCUGCUGGAUCUCAUCAUGCAAUGUAAAGAUAUUUUGGAAAGUAAACGAACAGGUGGCAUUAUUAUCCAAAAGAAAAAGGAGGUUUGGAGAACUAUAACCUCAAAAUAUAAUAGCAGCUGCAGUAGUGGUCCCAGGGAUGUUGACCAGCUGAAAGCUUUAUAUGACAAUAUGAAGCAAAAAUCUCGCAAAGAAAUUGGAGAAAAAAAUAAAGUAGCAUAUAUUCAGGCAAUGGAAAUGGAAGUUGUGACUGAGGCAGACGUUACACGAGCUUUAAUAAACAUUAAAGAAGACAAGAUCGAAAUGAAAAAGACUGGUGGUGGCUUCUGGAAACCAAAAUCUACGGAAACAGAUGCAAAAGUUCUUUCAAUAAUAAAAGAACAGACGGAACCACUUCACAAUCCAUAUGAUAGUGCAGCAGAUUUUUUUAAUGAUGUAGUUGAAAUAACUUGUACUGACGAAGGCAACAAGUUAAUUGACAACGAUUUAAUAAAUUCAUCUCCGUACACACCUUGUGUAGCACUAAAAGAAAUAAGUAUGACUACAGGUCUCGAAGAAGUAACCCCCAAAAGAGUAGCAUCGGAAAGUGAGGGAAAAGUUCUAAAGAAAAGAGAAUUUUCAAUGGAAUCUGACAGUAUAAAGAAAAUAAAUGAACCAGCACAUAUCAAAAUGCUACAAAAAAAGAAAGUGACUCCAAGAAAAUUAAUAAAAAAAUCAUCUGCAGAGCAGUUAAAGAACACAUAUUUCAAAAAAAAAAGUCAGAAUGCUGAUUUGGAAAGAAAAAAGCUGAUGGUUGAGAUAUUAAACUUCAAAAAGCAUGAACUUCGGAUGCAGAUUCUAAAAGCAAAACAGUGGAGACUAGAAAAACAUUAGUCUCCACUGAUUUGCUUUUUUUAAAUCUUCAUUUUCAUAUGAAUUCAUUUUUAACAUUUUUCAUACUAUUGUUAGCCACAGGAAUAAAAACAUAU